AUGAUUCGUCCUUAUUUAUAUUAUGCAUUCAAAAUUAAGGAUGGAUUAUAUAUUGGCAAUAAAAGAGCUGCAAGAGUAUUCAACUUCAUUAUUAUAUAGGACAUCUAGUUUCAGUUUUAUAAUAAAAUUACAGUGAUAAUCAAUUGUGCUGCAUUAGAAAUGAAUAUAAGCAAUUAGAAAGUUAAGAUUAUUAAUUUUGAAUGGUUAGAUACUGAGGAAUAGGUUAUAUUUAAUUUUAAGUAAUAUUUAGUAAAUAGUAGUUAACAAUAAUGUCGAUUUAGUUUAUAAUGCUAUUGAGGAAACAAAUGAAAGAGGAGAAUCAGUUUUAAUUUGUUGCCUAACUGGGUAGAGUAGAUCCGUGGCUAUUGUUGCUGCUUAUUUUAUGAAAAAGUAAGAGAUCAAAUUAAAUUCUUAGAUUUAACUGGAAUUUAAAAACUUCUUUAUAAUAUUUAUAAAUCUGCAGAAAAGAUUUCGAAAUUCGUGAAGGUUUUCUUUUCUAGUUAAGUCGUUAUGAAAGAGAACUAUUAAUUAAAUUAAAAACAGAUUUAACAGAAUAAAAUCAAUAAGUUUAAGAAUAGGAAACACUGUUAAAAAAUACUUAUUUCAAUGCAAAAUUAUCUGAGAUUUGGUAGAAUUAUAAUAUGCCAGAAAAGAUAUGUGGAUUUAUAAAAGCGAAACACAAGAAACAUUUAAAAAGGGUUUGUUGGGCAUAAAAACUGAUAACAUUCAUUAAUAACAAUCUAGAUUCUGUCAAAUUAAAUAUAUUUCUUAAUUAAAAAAAUGAUUAUGCAGACACAAUCACAUAAAAAUAAUCUUAAUUUAUAAUAUAGAGAGGAAAUAAUGAAAAGAAAUCAAGCAAAUAUAUGAUUACUUUAAGAAAUAAAACUCCUGAUCCUAUUCCAAAUAAGUCUAUUUCAAUUGAAAGCAAAUAUAGAUAUGCUUCGGUUGUAAGGUAAAUUGAAUCUGAUGCAAAAUAAUUUUUAUCAAACCGCAAAAGCCUUACAAAAGGAGAAAAGUAAAUAAGAGUAUUGAAAGGUAUGAUGCAAUUUAGAAUGAAAUGA